AGUUUCACUUUCGGUUUGGUUGGUUUUGUAAACACCGUAAAUUCAUCUUCAAAAGAAGACAAAACAUGAUUAAAUAAAUUAUUUGGAUAAUUUGUCAAAAUGCAACGCAUAUGAACGUUGACAGUGCUCUUUAUAUCAAAGUUUCGGUAAAAGGUUUAGCGCUUGUUCAACGCGCGUCGUGUACAGCCUUUUAACAAUAGACGGAUCACUUUGUGGUGAAUAAAUUAGUAAUACAAGCCAAGAUGGCGAUCAAAAUACACGAGGCCUAUCUUACGAAGGAUUCCGAAGAUAGUCGAUGUAUCACGAUUGGUGCUUUUGCAUGUUGGCAUUUGUUCUAUAAAAAAGAUAACAGAAUUACUAGUUUAAACAUUCAAGAUCUUAGAUAAGUGUCAUACACACAAUUUGAAGCCGUUUUACCAUCGGUAAAACGAUAUUGAUUUGAUCAAUACAUGAUACAUAGUUAAACGAGCGGAUAAACUAAUAUUAAGUGCGAAAAAUGGCCACUUAUUUUUCGAGUUCAAUACGUAAAGGAUCAGAUGUGUUCUUUGAGUUUCCUUGCAUUACUUGUCAAGGAAAUGACAGAAACACAGAGGCGCUAUUUUACUGUACGGAAUGUUCUAAGGCUUAUUGUGGGAAAUGUGUGGAGCAUCACAAUGUACUAUACAUGAAGCAUGCAAUUAUGGGGAAAGAAGCUAUUAGCAAGUGGUCUGUUACUAAUGUGGAUGCAAGCGAACGAUGUCAGGAGCACAAACAAGAAUUAACAGGGUUCUGUGAGGACCACAAAGAGCUGCUGUGUCAUGUCUGCCAUGUUUACAAUCAUCAGAAAUGCAGCCACGUCGUUAUCAUAGCUGAUAAAUUGAAAGAUCUGCAGCAGACAGGAGAGUACAAAAAGAUGUCAGCACUUUUCGAUUCAUACUAUCGGCUAUUGAUUCUGAAGAAAAAUUCAUUGGAGAAAAGUAUUCAGUUUCAUGAAAAGUCCUGCGACAAAAUCAGAGAAGAAAUCAAUGAAUUACGCAAGAAAAUUAACGAUGAGUUGGACCAACUGGAGAGAAAUACCGUCAAAGAGUUGGACGCCUUACUCACUACCUUGAGGGCAUCUAUUCAAACAGAUAUUUUCAAAUGCUAUGAGUCAAUAAAACAAAUGUCACGUGUACAAGACGAUUGGGUGAGCAUACAAAACAAGAGUGGUACGAUUCAUUUUAGAAAGUACAUAAGCUGUCUUGAUCAGUCUCUCAGGAUCGAAUCAACUUUAAAAGAAAUGGAAGCACAAAGAGAAAUGAUUCUGACCUUUUAUCCUGAUAGAAGCAUCCAAAAAACUUUGUCCACUCUCUCAGACUUGGGAGAUAUAAUCGGGGAAGUAAGAGAGUCACAAACUGCUAGUAAAGUAACACCAGACGAAGUCACCAAAAAGAGGAAACCUCAGUCAUGUAACACAGUAACAAGCCGGCAUAUAAACGCACUUAGCAACAUGAACACGUCCGCAGGACAACCUGGUCAAGUGCGACUUCUCAAAACUAAGUAUAGAGUGCGUGUAAAAAGUGAAACAAACACGUGCAGGAUUUCAGGCAUUUGUGAGACAGGUGCUGGAGAUCUCCUCAUCACAGACUGGUGGAACAAGAAUGUGAAGCUUCUGGAUCAGGACUACAAAGUUGUGGCCCGAUAUGACUUACCUGAUACACCUUUGUCGAUGUGCAGCAUCGACUCUAAUCAGGUAGCAGUCGCUGUGGGAAACUCAGGUGUCCUCUUAAUGCGAGUGACCAAUGGUUGUUUGAGACAUAAAAGGACGUUAAACAUCGAACAUUCAUGUACUGGUAUUGCUCAUCACCAUGGAAACCUCUACAUAACAUCACGUGAUGCACUGUACCUAUACACUGUUGAUGGAAGACUUGUGAGCAAGAUGUACGAAAACACAUUAAGAAGAUGGACAGUCACCUCAUGUGCAGUCAGUCCGGAUGGGCAAAGAAUAUAUGUGGCCAACGAGGAAACAAAACAACUUUUCACACUGUCCAGUAAUGGCAGAGUGAUCUCCACGCUGAGUGACCCGUCUCUAAAAUGGAGCUACCCUCCCGUCUUACCUGGUUUCCAUUUGAUGGACUCGGGGGAAGUUCUGGUUUGUGGAGACUUGUCCAACACAAUUAUCGAGGUGGACAGAGAUGGGAGACAGAGACUGGCAGAGGUGAUCUCAGAAAAGGAUGAAGUAAUCAAACCAAUGUCUGUCUACUACAGUUACAAUACAUCCUCAUAUAUUGUGGGAAUGGAUGGAAAUGACCACAUAAUGGUGUGUAAAAAAUGUAAAAAAAAGAAGUAGUAAAUGCAAACAUUUUAAAAGUUUAAGGAUUAUUAAUACAAAUCGUGAAAAAAACACUAAUCUACCGAUUCACUUGAAAUUAUUACUUGAAAUAACGUAAAGAAUAUCUACUGGCGGCAUCGGCCAAUACGCCCUGCUGGUUGAAAAUUAAACACAAGAGCAUAAUCAAAGCGGAUUGGCCCAUUAACAAAGACACGUCGUAAUGCGAAAAUCGUUUUAACGUUCAAAAUGAUUGGCCAAAUACAUGCACCUUGCAACUGAAAUUACUAUAAUAUUCUAACACGACCCGCAACAUCCUUAUUAUGCGUGUACAAGAUGGAACGAGUGUUGUGUUAUUCUUCACUCUAAACUUAAAACGAGAGAACUUUAUGUUGUGAAAGUAGUUCUUGAAAAUUCAUGGACAAGUGUUCAGGAUGAUGCAAGGGCUUAAACACGCUCUUGAGAAAAACAGCAAUUUUAUAAACACGACAUUGUCGAAACAAAAUUAUAGAAUCCACAUAUAAUGUUGUAUUAUAAAAUUACAUUUACAUAAAAUGACAACUUUAUUUAAAAAAAUAUUUUUUGUUUUACACUUAUGAAUCUAACAAUAUACUAGAAUCGAAAUGUAAACAAAAUAAAAUAUUCUAGUUAUUUCAUCAAUCAUUCUUACUUAGUUCAUGCAUAUACAUUUAUCAAUAGUUAAACCAACAUUAUGUUGUUUUAUGUUUUGACAACGUCACUGAAACAAGCUCAUACAUUUAGUAAAUACACCGUUGUCAUUCUAAGUAAAUAUUGUGAUCAUAUAAUACAAUGUUAACAUGCACUUGAAGAUUGAUAAGAAUUAAAAAAAAUUAUAUCAUUAUUAAAAAAAUUGUUUAGUGUAGCAAAUGAUUAUAAGCUAUCAUAUUGUCACAAUUAUGACUGUAUUUGGUUAUAAUUGUACUUAUAUUUCACAAUGUCUUCUGCUGGUUUGAUUCAGCAUGAUAUAUUUGUUUGGAUGUUUAAGCUUACCGCGUGAUACUUAAGUCCGAGUAUAAAGUAGAAUUGUAUAUUGCGUGUAUUAUGAUUAGUAAUUGUAUUAUAGUAGUUAGGAAGUAGAGAAUGUAAAACAACUAUUUGUAUAGGCAAUUAAAGUGUAAAUAGUCUAUGAACAAUCUAUUGAGAUCAAUCUACCAGUGUAUACCAUCUACCGUUGUAAUACUAAACAUGUCAUUAUUUAUGUUGUAUAAUACUUAUUGUUGGUUUUAUUGUUUCCCUAUAUUUCUUUACGAUGAAUUUAGUUAACAAAAAACACAAUGACCUACCCAUUGUUAGUAAGUUAACUUUUUUAUUGCAAAAUGUGAUGUUAUGGUCAGAGUAUAUACACAAUUGUGUAUGUUUAAAAAAUAUUAAGUAUGCAAUGUCGAAUCUUGGUACAAAUUUUAAGCAUUCCAUAGUUACAUUAUACGUCAGUGUGCAUGACAGAUAAAGGUUGAAGUGAUAUAAUUUCAAACAUCUACAAGUUACUGACUUAAACUUUAUACCUACAAAUGGACUAUAGACGAUUUUUUUCAAUUUAUUGUCAUGAAGUUAUUUAGUGUAAGCUCUCUUUCAUCACUAAAAUAAAGCUACACAAAUAUAAGAUGAUAGUUUGUCUAUCCGUAGUAUCGGCCCUCUUAAAUAAUACAUACGAAUUGUGUUAACAAAUACAAAAACACGCAUGUGUAAUAUGUCACACUACAAUUAAAUGUCUUUUCUUGGACAUAACAACGAGAACUGCAUUUAAAUCGGCAUUGUUUUGACAAUGUACUGGCUAGACUUUGCUCCCUGAAGUAAUAUGUAUCAUGGACAAUGGUCCUCAUAAUAUCGACCCUUCUGAUUGGUUGCUAAGGUUUGCCACUAUGUGCUUUAGCUUGUUUUAAAAAUAGUAUCUAAAUGGAAAAACGAAACGUCUGCUUAUGUGUUCUUAAAGAAUUUUCACAUUUUAUUCAAAAAUAAGCGGCAUAUUAAACAUUGGAUAAAGUAUCUAUUAGUCCAUAAACAAAGUAACAUAAUUGUGUGUUAUGUAAUUUAAAAAUCAAAGUUUCAGCCAUAAAUAAACAUGACCAACUUUUCAAUGAACACCGGGAAUCAUAAGAAUGGGCGUCGUCGUAAUAGUCAUGGAUUACCACCAAAUAAAUUAAAACUUCUCAGAAAAACAUUAACUUUCUAGCACUUUUUGAGGGUUUUUCGUUGUUAAAGUCACGAUACUAUGAGGAGGGCCGAUACUAUGAGAAUAAGGGAUACAAAGUAAUUGGAAACACUUUUUUUCAUUGCUGAUCACGGUUUUAUGUCAUAGUAAAAGAGGUUAAAUUAUGUUAUUUCUAAUUUUAAGUACAUGUAAUUUUAUCAUAAACAAAAUAGCUGUUUUAUGUAUAAAUGCAUGCAAUAAAAUGUCACUUAUUA